AUGUCUUUUAGAGGUCGUGGAAGUUUCGGAACUGGUGCGAACCGCGGUGGUUUCUCCAAUCGUGGUGGUGGCCGCGGAGGCUUCCAGCCAUCGUUCGGUCCCCCGGCGCAGGUUUUGGAAAUGGGAACUGUGCUCCACGACUGUGAAGGUGAAUUGGUUUGCGAGCGGACCGAAAACUUGAAGAUUCCCUACUUCAACGCCCCGAUCUACCUCGAGAACAAGACUCCCAUCGGCAAGGUCGAUGAGGUCCUCGGCCCUAUCAACCAGCUUUACUUCACCGUUAAGCCUCAAGACGGCAUUGUCGCCACCUCGUUCAAGCCUGGUGACAAGGUCUACAUCGGUGGCGACAAGCUACUUCCUCUGGAGAAGUUCCUACCAAAGCCGAAGGUAACUGGACCCAAGGUCAAGCGUGCUGGCGGUGCCGCUCGCGGUGCUGGUGGCUUCGGAGGCCGUGGAGGUGCUCGGGGUCGUGGUGGCUUUGGAGGUCGUGGAGGUGGUGACCGAGGCCGCGGCGGAUUCUCACGUGGUGGUGGUCGUGGCGGCCGAGGCGGCUCUUCCUUCGGAGGUCGUGGCGGCGGUGGUGGUUUCGGAGGUCGCGGUGGUGGUGGUGGCUUCGGAGGCCGUGGAGGUGGUCGCGGUCGUUUCUGA